AAUCCUUUCUUGAGGUCAUUUGCGCUGACUCUCUUGCAGGACUUUGGCGCCAUGCCGUCCUUUGCGGACCCUAUGCAGACUGGCGAUGUACUUGACUUUGAUUUCGAUUCAUUCCUACAAGACGGCGAUGCUGACCCCGGAAACUUUGAUUUUGGUACUGGGCCAUUUGGGAUGGAAGGGGCUGGGGAGAUUGGGGCGGAGUAGGAGUACGUCUUUAAGCUCGCCGGUCUUGAGUGAUAUCCUUUAAGCAUCUCUACGUUCGGGUUAACUUGGGCAUGUCAUGGCGUUCAUCGGUUGUUUAAACUCGCAUCUGGACUAUGGCUAUGGUCUGACGGGUAUUCGAACUCAGCGGACCAGAGACGAAACACGACUACCACCGAAAAGCCUGUUGAUUUUUCUCCUUUUAGACUACCAUACCAUACUUAUUGUUUUUAGUUGUUUCGCCAUACCGCUCAUAUCACAUAUGCCCUUAUUUCGUCUCGUCCGCUGCUUCGUCUCCGAGACUGGUGAGAUUCUGGCGAGGGACGUCUCAGUCUUGGGGUCCAGGAUUGAUUCUUGUAUUUUUGGAGGAUUUGUAUUGCACUUCUCUGCUACUGUACGGCUCGCUAGUUUUUCUUGUCUCUACAUUGGUUUGGUUUUACGUUGAUAUCAGCGGAUCAGUCAGGCAAUGAAAUUCAUUCAAACUAACUGUCAGUCGAAUUGAUCCGAUUUCAUGAUUGGAAACC